AUGAUCUGGUCCUCGUCCCUUUUGAAAGGGAAGCGAUCGAGCAAAUCGAAGAUUAACCUGAGAACAAGUGACACAGAUAAUCUUGGAAUUGCGCUGAUAAAUCACUCUUCACAACCGAACGUCUCAGUCAGUUUUUACCAUUCGCGCGUAGCAACUGGUCUAUUAACGUCUUCAGUGAUGCGCGUAUUCUACGUCGUAAAAGCGUUGCAAAUAGUAGUGGCUGCCGUGGUGAUCUUCCGACUGUUGCACAUCGGCAACUUUUGUGAGACCCGUCAUAUUCACUCUCGAAGCGAAUGUUUGGGUGCCAUGAAACUCGCAAUACCACCUCUGAAUUCGAUACUAACAAAAAAAGACCUUACUCUAGAAGAGGUCCACGAAGAAAAUACAAGACGACGCAAAGGAAUGCUGAAUAGUUUGGAAGAACCAAAACAGGAAAAAGUUGCUAAGACUGAGGAUCUCUCAAAAGCUAUUGUCGCACCAAAAGCUGAAAGCCACGUCGCUCACAAUGAUUCAGCAUCAGUGCCACCGAAAGCAAAGGUCGAGCCAAUUGUGGAGAACGACAAGGAUCGCGAUGAGAAGCAUGUUACUGAGGAAGUGAAGAGGAGAAUAAUAAAGAAGGCGGUGAGAAUUGAGCCCUUGAUCGAGAGGGAAAGUAAGGAGGCAGAUGAUAAGGCGGAACAACCACCGAAAUCCGAUACACCUGAAGCAAAGGAACACUCGAAACCGGAAACACCUAAAGAACACUCGAAACCCGAAACACCUCAGGCAGAAGGACAGUCGAAACCUAAAACACCCGAAGCAAAAGAACAUUCAAAGGAGGAAAAAGUAGUUAAGGAUCAACAUGACCUUAAAACAAUAGAAAUUAAGAAAGAGAACUCCAAAGAGAAGGAGACGAACGUCAAGCCAACGGUGGAAAAAGAAAAGAUUGUGGCAAAGGCAGCCACUCUGAAACCAGCGGAGAAAGUCACCGAGCAUGUUCCUACGAGGCCACCAACAGUCAAACUAGUGAACACUGUCCUAAACUGUUUGGAGAGCAGUGUGCAAGACGUCCUCGGUUUCGGUGACAUCGACCUGUCGCAAAGUUUCGCGCUUCGACUUCCUCUCGCUUGCCUUAUCGUGAGUAUGAUUGGAACAGGCGCUAGCAUGGUACACACCUUUACGAAUCUAUCCAGACCACGAAGAUGUCGGACAUUUUUGGAGAAUGUGGCGCAAAUUGUACUCUGGAGUGUCUCUGGCUUCGCACUGUUCCUUUUACGUCAAGAUUGGGAGACGACGUGGAACAAUUCAAGUGCCGGGACAUUUGAACCUGACUAUCCUACCGCAUGGUAUUGUUCAGAGCUUAUUUGCUACGUGAUGAUUGUCGUGUUUCUCAUAGAAACAUACUUCUACGACUACUGUUUCUAUAAGAUCUAUGUCGAAGAGAGCGUCGGCAAUUAUACGGUUGUUGAUCGACCUGACUAUGGGAAUUCGAUCUAUAGCAGUACCUUGGAACCAACUGAAAAUAUCGCGCUGUAA